UCAACAGUCAUUCUCGGUUACACAGAGCAAGGCCACUAUGCUGUUUUCAGCGUCGAUGAAGCCCCUCAGAAACCUAGAGCUUAGAACCUCACAUGUGCCGUAUGCUAAAAGCCGUAGGAAAUGCAGGCACAAAUGGUGGAAAGGACCAAUUGUCUUCCUAUUACUUAUGACUGUUUGCCUGGCGAUCUUUGCACUUACGCAGUCAGUUCGCAAAAUAAUUGAUGAUUCACCAGGCAAAGAGAAAGCUUGGAAAGAGAUACAAAGUACAACUUGUGAUGAUCCCUGUAGAUUUGUAGUUACAGAGAGCGUGCCAGAUGGUGUACAUUAUGGUGAAAAUGCUACAAAAUAUCAAUCAACAUAUAACUCCUGGUUAAACCUAAUCAAUAUAGCAAAUAGCAGUCUGGAUAUUGCCUCAUUUUAUUGGACUCUUACCGGCCAUGAUAUUAAUGUGACUGAUCCUACCUCCAAGCCUGGUGAAAUCCUGCUUCGUGAAUUAGAGAAAUUGCCAUCAAAAAAUGUUAGUGUGCGCAUUGCAUCAAGUACGCUUUCCUUUCCACAUCAAUUUUCCACUGAUCUCAAAAUUCUAAAAGAGAAAGGCAUCCACGUAAGGAAAGUAAACUUUCAAAAGUUAUUGAAUGGUGUACUUCACACAAAACUCUGGAUUGUUGAUAAGAAACAUAUUUAUAUUGGCAGUGCUAAUAUGGAUUGGAGAGCAUUAACUCAGGUGAAAGAACUGGGUGCUGUGGUUUACAAUUGCAGUUGCCUUGCCAAUGAUUUCUCCAAAAUCUUUGAAGCUUACUGGAGUCUUGCACUGCCAAAUGCCACCAUCCCUUCACCAUGGCCAACUUUUUAUUCAACAAAUUUUAACAAAGACACACCUCUUGACGUGAAACUGAAUGGAACUGCUGCAAAAAUGUAUUUUUCAAGUUCACCUCCCAAGUUAUGCCCAAAAGGUCGGACUACUGAUCUUGAUGCUAUUCUCAGUGGUAUCAAUGCUGCGAAGCGGUUUCUGUAUAUUUCUGUCAUGGAAUAUUUUCCAACAUCACGUUUUCUACAACAUGUACUAUAUUGGCCACAUAUUGAUGACUCAUUGAGAAAAGCAGCUAUUGAACGUCAUGUUCGUGUUCAACUGUUGGUUGGUUACUGGAAACAUACAGAUAAAUCCAUGCUGGCUUAUCUUCAAUCACUUCAAGCUCUAAGAAACAUCAGGAAAGUCCAUUUUGAUGUGAAACUAUUCAUUGUUCCUGUGGGAAAAUUUAGCAAUAUUCCUUAUGCAAGAGUGUGUCACACGAAAUACUUUGUGACAGAAAAUAUUGCCUAUAUAGGUACUUCGAAUUGGUCUUAUGAUUACUUCAAUUCUACAACAGGAGUGGGUCUGCUCGUUAAUCAGACUUCAGGAGAAGCUGAUACAGCUCACCAUCAGCUAAAGAAUCUGUUUCAAAGAGAUUGGAAUUCCAACUAUUCUGUCACCUUGGAUGAUUUGAAAGAUUAUUCUGAUUUUUCAUUUAAAAUGAAUGGACUAAAAUGAUGCCUUUAGGGAACCUUAAUCUCACAUUCACACUUAUAACUGCAUCUGGAAGGAUUUUGUCAAAAGUUAAAUAAGGAAAGCAGAUUAAA